AUGGUGUAUAUUAGUGCUUUCUCUUGCAUAGUGGCGACAUUUGUGCUCUCAAUCCAAGCUGUCAGCUCGAGAACACAUUGGCAGUCAAAAUCAGAUGUAGACUUGAGUAUUUCCACAACGAGUGACCGUAUUCAAGGAAUUAUCAACGGGACCACGCCAAAUGCGUACCCUUCGCUCAACCCCCCAUCGGUAACUUACGCUGGAUGCCACCGAAUGCACUACCACCCAACCAGUCGUCCCGCUAUUGUUGAUGCAACAAAAUUUUCUCUGAAUUGUCCACAAUACGAAAGUGCAAUCUCUUCCAUCUAUAACACCUUCGUCCGAGAAUUCUUUAUUUGGGGACCAAGCGGCGAAGACUGUCUCCCUUUGAGUGUCUGGGCGCCGCUUCACUCCCAACCAGAAGACAAGCUACCAGUUCUGAUAUUCCUCUACGGUGGUGGACUUCAAACUGGGGGUUUCUCAGUACCCUAUCAAAAUCCUGCGAAAUGGAUUGAAAGAACACAAUCUCAUAUCGUGGUUAGUAUUCAAUAUCGAUUGAACAUCUUUGGAUUUCCAAAUGCACCUGGUCUCGAAUCUCAAAACUUAGGUUAUCUUGACCAGCGGGCGGGAGUGGAAUGGAUUCACCAGAAUAUCGCUGCAUUCGGCGGAGAUCCCGAACAGAUGGUUCUAUGGGGACAAUCAGCUGGAGCAGGAUCAACAGAUGCAUACAACUAUGCUUAUCCGGAUGAUCCCAUCGUGAAAGGUUUCACAUGUAACUCAGGCAUUUCACUCACGGCUACGCCGAUAAACGAUCAUACUUACUCGAAUUUCACAUUUGUGGCUUCUCAUUUCAAUUGUACCGGUUCCGAACUCCUUCCAUGCAUGCGUCAAGUUCCAGCCAACGAUAUCGAAGCUUUUCUCAAGUCUUACAAUGAUGCUCUUACCACCCCCACUUUGUCGUUCAACAUCGUUCAAGACGACACGAUUGUCUUCCAAAAUUACACGCAGCGACUCAUGAACAACCAAGUCUCUCCCCUUCCCGUGGUUUAUGGCUUUAAUGAUAACGAUACUAUGUCUCUGGACGCAUUCCCGGCAGAUCCAUUGACCGAAUCGGCUAAUCGCACCUUGGCUUCCAUCAACCAAAUUCGUCGCUACAUCUGUCCAAACUCGGCUGCAUCAUAUUAUAGAACUCAGCUCGGUCUUAAAACCUAUCGUUUUCAAUACCGAGGAAAUUUCUCUAAUGUCGCACCAUUACCAUGGGCAGGCGCAUAUCAUUCUAGCGAGCUCCCUAUGAUUUUUGGAACUUCGGAGGACUUUAGGGGAAAGAAUACGGAGUUGGAGUGGGAAACGAGUAGAGCGAUGCAGGAUGCUUGGUUAGCAUUUGCAAGAAAGCCUGAUGGAGGAUUGGAGGAAUUAGGAUGGGGAAAUAGUAGUGGACAGAUGGUGCAGGUUUUUGGAGGGAGAAGUACGUAUGAUGAUACCGGGGAGACUGUUGCGAAGCAGUUUAUAAGUUUGCAGGAAUUGGCGGAUAGCUGUAGUGUCAAGUAG